CGCGCUGUAGUGCUCUUGGUGCAUGAAAGCAUCAUGAUACUGCUUUCCUAAAUAUUUUACAGCAGGGUUUUUGCGAUCCAUUGUGUGUGUUUUGUCAUGUCGACAUUAGGUGCGAGUUACUAUGCAAACUCGCACAUUCCUCCGGACCAGGAGGAUGUUAUGGCACCCAGAUACUCAUCCGCACCGGGGCUCGAUCAGGCUAGCCCGGCAAUGCUGACAGAAUAUGGCGGGCAGGAACCAUGUCCUUUACAGGCGAAGUCUUUCAACGGAUCUUGGAGCCCCAUUCCUGCUCAGACUUCGAGCAUCGCACCCAUGCACCCGACCUAUAUACAUUCUCAUUAUCCAACUGGAGAUGUCGAUGGAAUGUUUACGCGCUCGUGGACGUUGGAGCCUCUUUCUGCGCCCGUUUGCUUAACAGGAUUAUCGUCGAGCAUGCACUAUGAUAUAAAAUCUGAGCCUCUGAUUGGGAGUGGUGACUGCACUACGUUGGAAACGCACACACCUCUCGUGUCCGACAUUGACGGAACGUCCCUCGCGGAGAGUGAACCCAUUUGCGAUACAGUUAUCUCUAAACCCAACGAAGAAAGCAAGUCAUCCGAAGAGAAAAAAGACAUAGACGCAAAUAAUCCGGCAUCCAACUGGCUUCAUGCGAAAUCGACAAGGAAAAAGCGGUGCCCAUACACUAAGCAUCAAAUUCUCGAACUGGAGAAGGAAUUUCUGUUUAACAUGUAUCUUCCCCGUGACCGUAGGUAUGAAGUAGCUAGACAUCUUAAUUUGACCGAGAGACAAGUAAAAAUCUGGUUUCAGAAUCGCAGAAUGAAGAUGAAAAAAGGCAAUAAAGACAGGCGGAGAGAUAAUUAGGCCUAACUGUAAACUGUUGCGGAAAUUGGCAGAUUUUUGAUAAAACAUAAAUGCUGUUAGUCUACCCAUGAUGUCUUGCUUGUACAUAUUCUGUUGGUCUUGUGUAGUUGUUGUUGUUGUUGUAGAGAUGUUAUGGCCAUUGUUCUGUGUUUGAUAUUUGUAAAUGAUUAGGCAUCGAACAUCAAUAUUGAAAACUGAAUUCAUGCAUCGAAAUUAUGUUAAGAAUUGUUUAAUGUUCGUUGCAUGAAAUAUUUGAUAAUCGACUGUGACCAUAAAUGACGACUACCUAAAUGUCUUUAUCUAGCCUAUACCUUGUUGCGUAAUAUUAAGUUAUUGUUUUGUAGAUGCUGC